AUGGAUAUAAUGAAUGCUAUGCCUAUAAAAUGCCCUAAUUCUGACUUAAAGGUAAAAUCAAAGCGUCAAUUUUAUGUUUGUGGUCGGAUCUUGGACAUACCCUGUAAAGUAUGUGGUGACCGCAGUUCAGGUAAACAUUAUGGAGUCUACGCCUGUGAUGGGUGCUCAGGAUUCUUCAAGAGAAGCAUCAGAAGAAAUAGAACGUACGUCUGUAAAUCUGGAAAUCAGGGUGGUUGUCCAGUUGACAAGACACACAGGAAUCAAUGCAGAGCAUGUCGUCUGAAGAAAUGUUUAGAAGUCAACAUGAAUAAAGAUGCUGUUCAACAUGAAAGAGGACCAAGAACGUCUACCAUAAGGAAGCAAGUGGCUUUGUACUUCAGAGGGCACAAAGAAGCAAAUGGCAGUAAUCCUCACUUUCCAUCAGCUGCUUUGCCAACACCCACCUUUUUCACUGCUGUAAGUCAGCUGGAACCACACAACCUGGAGCUGGCUGCGGUAUCUACUACUCCUGAAAGACAGGCAUUGGUUGGGUUGGCACAGCCUACCCCAAAGUACCCACAUGAAGUCAGUGGAACACCACUAUAUCUGUACGAAGUGGCCACAGAAUCAGUUUGUGAAUCCGCUGCACGUCUGCUCUUCAUGAGCAUUAAAUGGGCAAAAAAUGUUCCAGCAUUCUCUACUCUGUCACUACAAGACCAGCUGAUGCUCCUGGAAGAUGCAUGGAGAGAAUUAUUUGUUCUCGGAAUUGCACAAUGGGCCAUCCCAGUCGAUGCAAGCACGCUACUGGCUGUAUCCGGAAUGAACAACGAUAACACGGAUUCACAGAAGCUGAAUAAGAUGAUCACAGAGAUCCAAGCAUUACAAGAGGUGGUAGCGAGAUUUCGACAACUCAGGCUAGACGCUACUGAAUUUGCUUGUCUCAAAUGCAUCGUCACUUUUAAGGCCGUUCCAACGCACAGUGGUUCAGAGAUGAGGAGUUUUCGAAAUGCUGCUGCUAUAGCUGGCCUGCAAGACGAGGCCCAGCUUACGCUAAACAGUUACAUUCACACAAGAUACCCCACACAACCAUGUCGCUUUGGAAAGCUAUUAUUGCUCCUGCCAGCACUCCGAUCCAUAAGUCCGUCUACAAUAGAAGAAGUUUUUUUCAAGAAAACAAUUGGGAACGUUCCAAUCACAAGGCUUCUGUCAGAUAUGUACAAAUCUAGUGACAUCUAA